AUGUGGAAUCUGCUUUUAUUAUUAAUAACAAUUGCUCUUUCUUCUUUGAUACAUCCCGUAAAUUCAAUAUGUAUGGAUCAUGAUCCAAUAAAUUUAAACAAGUUAUUAAUAGUAGAUUGCGCACCUAAAGUACCUAAAGCACCUAAACAACAAAAUAAUAAUAAUAAUAGUUUUCAAUUAAAUGAUGAAAAAUUAUUUCAAAUAAAUUUUAAUUGUCAAAUAACAGAUAAUAAUAUGUGUAAUAAAGUUGAAGACAUAUUUAAUAUGGCAGGGGAUAUUGUCACCUAUGCUCUUGCGCUCAAUACACCUAUAAUCGUUAAUGCUAAAUUUUACGUUAUGGAUCCAAAAGAAUUAGGAGGGGCAACACCAACUAGAUAUAUUUCAUUAUUAGAUGAAGAUGAUCAAGUAGAAAGAUUUUAUCCACAAGCAUUGGUAAAACAAUUACAAUUAACAUCACCUGUAACAUUCUCAUAUUCAGAAUCAGAUAUAACAGCAGAAUUUAAUUCUUUGAUAAAUUGGCAUUUUCCUGAUGAUAAAGGAUCAAUAAAAAAGGAUCAAUAUGACAUUUUAUAUACGAUUCUACAUGAAAUUAUUCAUGGUUUAGGUUUUAUAUCAAGUUGGAGGGGUUUGGGUUUAGAUACACCAGAAAAAGAAUUAACUCCUUUUCUUGUAACUGGUUCAGAUGAUACUUCAAUUACUUCAUAUGAUAUAGCAGAAUCUCCAUUUAUUUUUCAUGGAUUUCGCGAAACUAUAUUUGAUAAAUUUAUCAUAAUUAAGGAUAGUAAUGGUAUACAAACGAGAUUAUCAUCAUUCGCCAAUGAAUUAAAUCAAUUUAAUACUAGUGCAAGUCAAUUUAUUGAUUUUUAUGAUCAAUUACAAAAUACUCCACAAUAUGAGGCAGCUAAAGAUGUAUUAAUUUUUAGUACGACAAAAAAUGAUUUUAUAUUCAUGCCUAAAGGUAGUAAUAGUAUUCCAGAUGAUGGAAUUAUAUUAGAAACGAAGAUAAAACCUUAUCAAGCGGGUUCUUCUAUAUCUCAUGUAGAUUCUAUUAUUUAUAAUAUUGGUAAUCCGGAUUUUUUAAUGAGACGUGAAAGUAUUUUAGGUGAAUCACUUAAUGAUUUAGUUAUUAAAAGUGGUAAUAUUACUGGAAGUGCUAUCGGUCCAAAGUUACUUAAUAUCUUAAGUUCAAUCGGAUAUAAUUUAGCCGAUAAUCCGAUUAAAUCUUCUGCAACAAAACAAUCGAUAGUAGAUUUUAAUUUAAUAAUAACUUUAUGCAUAAUAUUUAUAACAUUGAACAUCUAA